AUGGACCAUUGCUCCUUUCCCCCUCAAGUUUCAUUCUUGCCCCCAUUUCAGCAGGUCCCAGCUAUCCUCAAAUCCGAUGCCUGGCCAAGGCAAGGGCCCGUGGAUCUGGAGUCUGGUCAGAACAGGACGUCUGUGACUGAAUUCAUCCUGCUGGGGCUGACGGAUCGUCAGGAACUGAAACCCAUCCUCUUCACUGUCUUUCUUCUGGCCUAUGUAGCCACUGUGGGUGGCAACCUGAGCAUCUUGGCUGCCAUCGUGGUGGAACCCAAGCUGCACACACCCAUGUACUUCUUCCUGGGGAACUUGUCUCUCCUUGACAUCGGAUGCAUCACUGUCACGGUGCCCCCAAUGCUGGUACAGCUUCUGUCCCAAGAUCUCUCCAUUUCCUUUGCUUCCUGCUUUUCCCAGCUCUUCUUCUUCCACCUUCUGGCCGGUGUGGAUUGCCACCUACUGACUGCCAUGGCCUACGAUCGCUUCUUAGCUAUUUGCCGCCCAUUGACCUAUGCCACCCGAAUGAGCAGGGCCAUACAGGGGAGUCUGAUAGGCGUAUGCUGGACCAUCUCUUUCUGCAAUGCACUGACCCACACGGUGGCUCUGUCCAUGCUUAGCUUCUGUGGCCCCAAUUUGGUAAACCACUUCUACUGUGAUGUGCCGCCACUUUUUGGGCUCUCCUGCUCCAGCACCAGUCUCAAUGAGAAGCUGCUCUUUGUAGGUGCAGUCUUCAUGGGAGUGGUGCCCCUGACGCUCAUCUCUACCUCCUAUGCCCACGUAGCCGCUGCCGUGCUGCGAAUCCGUUCUACGGAGGGCCGGAAGAAGGCUUUCUCCACCUGCACCUCACACCUGACCAUUGUGUGCAUCUUCUAUGGCACAGGCUUCUUCAGCUACAUGCGCCUGGGCUCUGUUAACGCCUCAGACAAGGACAAAGCCAUUGGGAUCCUGAACACUAUCCUCAGCCCUAUGUUAAACCCACUCAUCUACAGCCUCCGCAACCCUGAUGUUCAGGGUGCCCUGCGAAGGGUGUUCAUGGGCCAGAGGCCCAUGGAAUAA